UCCCGCUGAACCUCCUUCCCCUUGCGGCUGGAGCUCUGAGCCCCCGGAGAGGCGGGGCCGGGCGGGGCGGGAGGGAGAGCGAGGCCGGGGGCUCUCGGAGGCUUCCGCGUCCGCAGGCCCUGCGCGCGGGGCGAGACCCCCACGGGAGCCCAGGCAGCCUCUUCUAAACACCCCGAGGGGCUGUGGCGGGAGGAGGAAAGCAUGAGCACCCGGGCCUCGGCCAACCCGCAGAGCGGGGGAGGCGGGCAUGGCCCCCUUGCCCUGGCCGCUCCCCCACCCCAGCCCCCUUCCUGCCCCGCGCCAUUCCUGGGCCGCAGGCUGGGAAGCGGGGCUGAUGAACGCCCUCCUUGCCCCUUCCGGGGCUAGGAUCGUGAUUAGGCCUAUUUAUAGCGGCCCUCGCCUUAAUAUUCCGCCUGGCACUUCUCUUGCCAAUCAAAUCAGCGCCGUCUGCGGCGUGAUUGUGCUCCAGCGGCGCCGGGGAGCCGAGCUAAUUAAACCAAAUAUAAAUAGACUCCGCCGGUGCCUCGAAAUUUCCCGCAGUGUUGCUCCCCUCCCCCGCCCCCAUCACCGCCAGGCCUGGCACGCUCGCCCUGCUUUCCCGCCUGCAGCCCCGCAUCGCCCGAGCCAAUCCGAGCCGCCCCCGGCCCAGGCCUUGGUUUCCGGGCCAAGCCAGAGAGGGCAUGCAAAAGGCGGGCUCCCUCCGUCGCCCCCAGGCUCGCGUUCUUAGCAGCGGCUCUAAGGCACCAUGACGACCAUGGCUCAGUCCCACUACCUGGAGGGCCAGGCCUAUUCUGUGCCCCUGAUCCAGCCAGAUCUUCGAAGAGAAGAGGCAAUUCAGCAAGUGGCAGAUGCCUUACAGUACCUCCAGAAGGUAUCUGGUGACAUCUUCAGCAGGAUUUCCCAACGAGUAGAAAUGAGCCGCAGCCAGCUGCAAGUCAUUGGAGAGAGAGUCUCUCUGGCUCAGGCCAAGAUCGAGAAAAUCAAGGGCAGCAAGAAGGCAAUUAAGGUGUUCUCUAGUGCCAAGUAUCCAGCCCCAGAUAGACUGCAGGAGUACAACUCCAUCUUCGAAGGAGCCGAGGAUCCUGGGUCUCAGAGGCGCAUCCGACAUAAGAUCCAGAGCAAGCACCGACCCCUAGAUGAAAGGGCCCUGCAGGAAAAGCUGAAGUACUUUCCCGUGUGUGUGAGCACCAGACCCCAGCCUGAGGACGAGGCCGAGGAGGGACUUGGUGGCCUUCCCAGCAACAUCAACUCCCUCAGCUCCUUGCUGCUCUUCAACACCACGGAGAACCUGUACAAAAAGUAUGUCUUUCUGGACCCUCUGGCUGGGGCUGUGACAAAGACUCAUGUGACAUUAGGGACAGAGACUGAGAAAUUGUUUGAUGCCCCCUUAUCCAUCAGCAAAAGGGAGCAGCUGGAGCAGCAGGUGGCAGAGAAUUACUUUUAUGUACCCGAUCUGGGCCAAGUACCUGAGAUCGAUGUGCCAUCUUACCUUCCUGACCUUCCUGGCAUUGCUGAUGACCUCAUGUACAGUGCUGACCUAGGCCCUGGCAUAGCACCUUCUGCCCCUGGCACCAUUCCUGAACUACCCACCUUCAACACAGAGCUUGCUGAACCCUUUAAGCCAGAAUUAGAUGGUGAUACACCAGUAGCACCCCCGCCGCCUCCACCACCACCUCCACCUCCUCCACCAGCCCCUGCAGUGUUGGUCAGUGCGCCACCGCCCCCACCGCCGCCCCAGCUCAUCCCUGCCCCAGCAGCCAGCGAGGACAGCAGCAGCACGUGCCCUUCAGUGCCCCCCAAGGAAGUAGUGGAUCCUUCUGGAGGUCGGGCAACCCUGUUAGAGUCAAUCCGCCAGGCUGGAGGUAUCGGCAAGGCCAAGCUACGGAGCGUGAAGGAGCGAAAGCUGGAGAAAAAGAAGCAGAAGGAACAGGAACAAGUGAGAGCCACAAGCCAAGGUGGUGACCUAAUGUCAGAUCUCUUCAACAAACUAGUCAUGAGGCGCAAAGGCAUCUCAGGGAAAGGACCUGGGGCAAGCACUGGGGAAGGACCUGGAGGAGCCUUUGCCCGAAUGUCAGAUUCAAUUCCACCCUUACCGAUGCUGCAGCAACCACCUGGAGAGGAAGACGAGGAUGAAUGGGAUUCAUAGGAAGGCCCCUGUUUUCCUUGGAAGGCACAUCUGAACUCUUGCCCCAAAUCAAAUGAAAUAUGUAUCCCCUUACAGUUUAACUCUAAUUAUUAAAGGUUCUUAUUAAAGGUUCCUCAGCUCAUCCUGGA